ACGCCGGUUCCCUCCCAGGAAGUCACCAAACAGGGGGAGGUGAGACGGGACGAGGUGGUGGCCUAUUUUGCUGAUUCAUCCAUAGACUGCAAUAUUCAGCUUCUAUUUCCUCCUGCAGAGCGGGGGUGUUACGGGGGGCGGAGUGGGGGAGGUGCGGACCGGGAGCUGAGUCACUGCCCAGAGCUCCCUUCUAGCUGCGAACUUAAGCGGGAGUCAGGCUCAACCCAGACGCUACUACUUCAUCCACACCCCGGAGGGUAAAGCGAAAGUGGGAGGAGCGGAAGUGUAGAAAAAGCCGAGCUCGGAAAGGUUUUUCUUAGAACAGCGUCCGAAGAGAAAGCCCAGUAGAAAGAGGGUAUUCUAAGGCUGUUUGAGAAAGGAACCCAAGCAGGGGAACGCUUCAGGGGCUCCUCGCCUCCAUUCCCCUCUGGAUGUUGAAUGGUACACUCCGAGCUGGAGCUAGAGUCUGGGUGCUAGGGAAGUCUAGGAGAGUGGCGGGUAGGAUGGGGCUACGAGCCGGAGGCCCCCACGGGCGAGCGGACCCAGAGGUCGGUGCAGAGGAACAGGAUCGGGCCUCUGAAUCGGGGGGUCGCAGCAUCCAUUCUGGCACCAUCGCUACCGUACACAAUGUGCCACUGAGCGUCCUCAUCCGGCCGCUGCCCUCCGAGCUGGACCCAGACAAGGUGAAGAGCCUCAUGGACACCAUCCAGGAGGACCCAACCCAGGUGCCGCCUAUUGAUGUCCUAUGGAUCAAAGGAGCUCAAGGAGGGAACUACUACUACUCUUUCGGGGGAUGCCACAGAUAUGCAGCCUACCGGGAGCUGCACAAGGAAACAAUUCCUGCCAAGCUGGUCCAGUCCACGGUAUCCGACCUUCGUGUGUACCUGGGUUCUUCCACGCCAGACUUGCAGUAGUAGUCCCCAUGGACCUUUGGAUCCACUGAAAUGUUUCUUCGUUUGACCAUUGAAGAAGCCAGGAGGAGCCAACAAAAUAAACAUUAGGCCCCACAAAGGCCGUGCAAUGGACUUCUGACUCAGAACAGGCUGACACGUAGCUAUUCCUUGAAGGCCAGAGAAGAGGAAUAGCAAAUCUUUCCCUGUGAGUGGUAUUUUUAGACUCUCAUGUCUCCGACCUGAAGGCUGUUGGCCUGGGGUUUAAGUCCAGAAAGGAGCACCCUGUCACACCCCACAGUGGGGUGUGAAGCAGUGAGGUGUAAUGGAAAGAGGAGUGAACUUGGAAUUAGAAUCCACAUUGUUCAGAUCCCAAUUUUGAUACUACCUGUGUGAACAGCUAGUUCUCCUCAUCUAUAACUGAUUGACUAAAGUCAGGCUGUCUUCCUACACUAGAGCAUAGUUAUGUUUCUAAGAUGAUGUGAUAAGGGAAAGGAUAGAAGAUUGGGGGGAGGAAUAAAAGAAGUGAGGGGGACUAAAUGCCCCUUUCCCAACUUUCUGGAUGGAGGGGGCACCUCCUGUUCAUAUGAGGCUAAGGGAUCCAUGUUUAAUUCUCAUUCUUUUCCCCCAUGGGAAUUAGGAACUCUUGCUCCCUCUUUUUUUUUUUUUAAACCUAACUUACUUUCUCUCCUAGAAACUACUCCAGGACAUAAGGGCAGGGGCUAGAAAAACAAGGUAGACUUGCCCAAGGUGACUCAGCUGCAAAGUAUCUAAAGUCAUAUUUGAAUUCAGGCCCUCCUGACUUCAGGCCUGAUGCUCUAUCUACUGUGCUACCUAGUUGCCCCUCACCCCUUAAAUUAAAUAUAUUUAUGUGAAUUUUCUUCCUCUUUAAAAAGAUACUAAGGAAAAUAUAUAUACAUAUAUAUGAGGAAGAAAAUUCACAUAUGCAACAAUAAUAAAUGAAAACCCCAAUAAAUUCUAAUUUAGUAGAAAGUACUUUAGGCUUGGAGUAAGGUGGAGCCAUGAGCAAGUCGCCUCAUUCCCAAGUCUCUAUUUUCUUACCUAUUAAGUUGUGGUAAGAAUCCUCUCAAAGUUGUUGUGAGGAAAAUUCUUUGUAAAAUUCAAAGUGCCAGAGAGAUGGGAAUCAUAGUGAUCUAAUUCUCAUGAUGAGAUUAAGAUGGAAAGUCUGGGGACCAGUUGCUUCCUGCUAUUCGUCUUUUAUAUUUCUUAUUCCUUCGGGCUAUUGUGCAGGUAGAUAAAAUGACUAAUUUUUAUAACUGAAUAAAUGUAUUCCUAUAUAAGCACACUUCCUGUAGAAUCACUGAAGACGUCUUUGAAUUAACUCCAGUAGCAAAAACAACAUCAGAGAUGGCACGUAUAUCAUCACCAUUAUUAUUGUUGUUGUUGUUGUUAAGUUUUGGAAGAGUUGCUGUUUCGCAUUGAUUGAGAAAGUUCCCUUGAUAGGAGUUUCCCAAAACCAAUGAAAUCACAGAUCUGGGUCACAUCAUUAUUGUUGUGGUUAUUAUGUUUGUGAUGAUGAAGUUGUUGAUGAUGGAAAAAUGGUUUGAUGAAGGAAGGUGACAAGAAGGGAUGUAGAUGCCAUACCCCAGAGUCCCCUAGACCUGUCUGCUGCUGAAAAACAGUGGGAAGAGGAAACGGGGAACCCCUUCUCUCUGGGCAGGAUCCUGUAGGUUCUUCCUAGUCAGAUCAGCCUCUAUAGAACAUCCGUAAAAUCCUAUUCAGGUUUCUGAUUCUCUGGGAAAUUAACUAAAUUGGAAGCACAGGUCCCUUCUGAGCCCCUUGAUCUUCUACCCUCAGAGUAUGAUGGGGAAGGAAGAAUGAGAAGAGGACUCCUGGUAUCCCCAAAAAUCUCCCAGGCUUCUUUUGUACUCUUAUAGAGAGCCACCAGGAGAUGGCACUAUGAUCCUACCAGUCCAAGACCUGACAAAUUUUAUACCAACUAGAGAGACUUGUCCAGUGUAGACUGGCUGGGGCUUGAAGAUCCACUCUGCCCUUGUGGCACUGUUCAACCUCAAACUCAUAGGACCUCAGUCCUGGGAGGACCCUUGGGACAGAGAAUAAUAGAUUUGGCACAGAACUUCAACAAUUCAAUUCAGCAAACAUUUAUGAAACAUCUAUACUAAUAAAGAAUACAAUUCUGAGGGAUGUACAACAUCUGGUUGAGAACAUAGAAUGUUAGAGCUCAAAAGAAUCUUAGAGAUCAUAUUUAAAAAGAGGAAAGUAAGGCACUGGGAGGGGAAGUGACUUUUCUAAUGUCAUAGAGUGAAUUAGGGUCAUAGGUAAGAGCUGGAAGAGACCUUUGAUAGUGGCAAAAUUCAACUUAAACCUCACAUCUCCCAACACCCAAUCCAGUGCUCUUUCCCCUCAGACCCCCCAGCCUUACACAUACCACAAACACAUCCAUGUACAUAAUCAGUCAAGAAAUACUGCUUAUGGAUCAACUAUGUUCCUAGGCUCUGGGGACAAAGUGAAGCUCUUAAAACUUACCUUCUCUCAACAUGAGCAUGCUAAUAAUGAGGGAGGUCAUGAAAUGGAUUCCUAAGUCAUUUAUAAAGAAAUGAAUCUCACUGCUUUCAGAGAUGUGGACAGUGAAAUGGGCACCAAACUCAAGCCAGAUGACUCUGGUUUGAGAUUUUCCUAUGAUACUUAAGAGCUGUGAGACCUCUGGCAAAUCUCUUGACUUAUCCUGGCAUGAAUUUACAUACCUCUAAAAUUAAAGGUUUGUACUAGUUUAUUUCUAAA